CCAUCCUCAAGUGAACCACAAUCUGGGUUUGAGCUUUUCAUACGCCACGCAAUGCCCUUCCAAAAUCAGCUCAAUCCUACGACAUGUACAAGAGACUGAUCUUUGCAUUACUGGACAGGACAUGGAUCCCGAUAAGCAGCCUCUUCUCAGCCAGGCAAAAGAUGUCGAGUGGGAUGAAAAGAAACACACCUUCGACAACAAAACCGCUUUAUCCAACGCAUUAUCUGGAACAUAUCAAGAGAAAGCGUGUGAGGUGCACCUUUAUGCUGAGGGACCACGACUCCCACUUCUGAUUCCUCUCAAAACGCAAGUCAUGUACUGGACAGCCUCGGUCAGUACGGUAGCCUUUGGCCAAGUCAUCCGCUGCGUCGCCACCCAGCAUUAUCUGACAGGCCUCGCUCUUCUUCUGACUGUGGCCGCCUGCCCAAUCACAACCACAAUCCUGUAUCUACGCGGCCGACCUUGGUGGAGCAAACGAGAAUCGUGGAUCAUCACCGUCGCACUCGUCAUGCUCUUCGCCAAUGAGUUGAUGCGACCACUACGUCUGAUCGCCGGGAUGCACCGACUGAAUCAACCUCAUCGACCACCUUACCAGAACAGGUUCACACCUCCUUAUUGCCGACAACGGCUCAAGGGGUACAGUCUGGUGUGGACCGCCUCACUUGACCCACGUUGACAGGCAGGCACUUUGUCAGCGUCAAGACAAAAUACGCGGCGUCUGCCACGGCACGCUUGCCUGGUGCAUCACGUAUGCACUUGCACGGAUUGUCGCACAUGUACUGAGAGCCCCGCCCUAAGUCGUGGGAUUCACUCUUUGAGGCGUAGGAUGUCCUGGAGAUAUGGACGAGCCAAUGCGAUCACUGCUGCUAAGACCCAUGCAUGCUCUGGUACUCUGGCUAUAUGAUCGGAUCUUAUACGGAGUUGGCAAGCUCGCACGACAGUAAGCAGGUUUACA